AUGGCUUCUGCUGAAUUUGAGGAGAAAAUUUACUUGGCAAGAGUAGCUGAGCAAUGUGAGAGAUACGAUGAUAUGAUCGAUUUCCUCCAAAUACUCAAGCAGAAAACCACUGACCUUACCACAGACGAGAGGAACUUGGUCAGUGUCGCUUAUAAAAAUGAGGUAACCACUAGAAGAUCCGCAUGGAGGGCAAUCUCAACCAUCGCAUCUAACGCAAAAUACGAGCAAUACGCAGAUGUCCUUAAGGACUACAAUGACGAGAUUGUUGAUGAGAUGAAGAAAAUCUGAGAUGAUAUUGAAAUAUUCUGUGAUGACCACUUCCUCCAGAAUGCUAAAGAUGAUGAAUCAAGAGUUUUCUUCUCCAAACUUAAGGGUGAUUACUUCAGGUACAUGGCUGAAGUCACAACCGAAACCCAGUUGAAGGAAUAUAAAGAUAAAGCAUUAAAAGCAUAUUCAGAGGCAAAAGAAGCAGCAGAAGGUUUAUUAGUAUCCCAUCCCAUCAGGUUAGGGCUUGCCCUCAAUUUCUCAGUCUUCUAUUUUGAAAUUAUGGGAAAGCCAAAGGAAGCAUGUGAUCUUGCUAAAGAAACCUUUGAGAAUGCUAUCAAUGCUAUUGAUGAUAUGAAGGAGGACGAUUAUAAAGAUGCUGCAAUGAUCCUCCAACUUCUGAAGGACAACAUCACCCUGUGGAAUGCUGAGUUCGAGGACGAAGAUGGAGAUGAUAGGGAUGGAAAUGAACACUAA